AUGAACGAAUCUACGCCACGUUCAUCACAAGCUGAAAAGUCUUCAAAGUGGUGCGCAAACCACUUGAUCAACUUCAAGGCCAUGUCCAGAGCACUUUCAAUUCGGUCACAUUUGGAGCGAUACCUCGUCAAGACACUUGGUCUGAAUAGGCCAAGUCAACUGCCAUCAUGCUUGGGGGUAGAUGGAUCAAGGGUCAGCGAUCCCAACGAAGCAACGAUCAAGAUCCACAAGUGCCUCGCGUCCGGAUACUUUGCGCAGGCAGCAAAGACUGCUUCGGACGGUACACAUUGA